AUGGCGCCCUGUCCGAACUGCGCCCGCCGCGCGAUACCGGACACGGUGUUGCUCGGCCUGCCAAAAGCCGGCACGACCAGCCUGCACGCGUGUCUCACCGACCCUCGCCGCUUCGUCGACAACGUGUGCUGCCGCGGCGAACGCAACAAGGAGCCGCGCAUCUUCUUCCCGCUGCUGGACGACUUUUCCGUCCGCUCGUGGCCGCGGCAGCGAGGCGACUACGACCGGGUGCUCGACUUCACGCCAAACUACCUUGCGUGGGCGUUCCAGACGCUACCGAUCGUGCAUUCGGUGUACGGAGGCGGAGGCCGCCCGCUCCACCUCGUGCUUGUUCUUCGCGACCCGGUCGAUCGCGCCUUCUCCGAGUACUGCAUGUUUGCACGCGACUCGUCCUCGGCUCGUCGCGCCGGCCUCUCCAACCUCCGCCGCUUCUGCGUGACGCCGAUGGAGUCCUCCUGCCCGCCGCCGUUCAGCGGCGUCUGCAUGGACGACGUGGGCUGGCUGCGGCGGGGGGCAGGAGUCUUGCGAGGGAGGGGGGCAGCAGGGGGGGCAGGGGCACGCCCAGGCCUUUUCCAUCUGGGCCUCCUUCCGUCACGCCCAGGCCUCUUCCACAAGGAGUUUCGCGCCGCGGCGGCCGCCAUCGGCGCGGCCUUCCCUGGCACGCUGACGGCGGAGGGCGAGGUGAACCGGAGCGCGCUUGCGUGGCUCGUGUGGCCGGGCGGGCGGGAGAGGCCCGAGGCGGCGGUGGUGGAGAGGCUGGCGGCGCUGGUGAUGCCUUGGAAGGACCGUGCGUGCCAGCGCGGCUGGGGGCAGGACACGCAGCACGACAACGCCACCUUUACAGAGGUGAUCACCGCCGAGCUGAGGCGGAUGGAGGAGUGCGCGCCGCCGCCGCAGCGUGCGCUCACGAUGGACGCCCCGGCGCUCGAGGGUGUGGUGCGGCGCUGCUUCUCGCUUCGCCGCUUCCAGUAUGCGGCGGAGAGCGUGCCGGUGUACCAGCUCGCGCUCUACUUGCGCCGCCUCCCCCCCUCGCCGUCGGUCCGCUGGACAGUGCUGCGGUACGAGGCCCUCUACGCGAGCGGCACGCCCGCCGACUGCACGCCGGAGAGGAUGGCGCACAGGAAGCAGUACCGCAACAGAGCGGUGUCGCCCUCGUAUGAUCGGCCCCGCCUCGACCGCGCCUUCGCCCCGUGGUACGACGCGCUCCUCCAGCUGGCGGCGCGCGCGGGCGGCAACGCCACCGCGGCUGUCUUGCGAGAGCAGCUAUCAUAA